AUGCUGUACCAUUCAUUUACAAAUUAUGCAAAAUAUGCAUGGGGUGCAAAUGAAUAUCGUCCAAUAUCAAAACAAACUCAUACAACAGAUAUUUUUGGAAACCAGAGUUUAGGUAUAACGAUCAUCGAUUCAAUCGAUACACUUUAUAUAGCCAAGUUAGAUGUAGAAUAUCGGAAAGCAAGAAAUUGGAUUGAAAAACAAUUUAAUCCAAACGUGAUGUUUUUAGAUAAAGCAAUUCUUGUUGCUGAUCGUUUAUUACCAGCAUUUAACACUCCAACGGGUAUUCCUAAUUCAUUGAUUAUACUCUCAACUGGUUCAUCUAAUAAUUGGAUUUGGGCACCAGGUCAAUGUUCAAUAUUAUCAGAGUUAGGUACGAUGCAUCUGGAAUUUCAAUAUUUAACACAAUUAUCAGGAAAAAAAAUUUAUCGAGAAAUAGUAGAAAAAGUUCGUACAGUAUUACAAGAAGCAGCUGAAAAUCAUAUGUAUUAUAAUUAUAUUAGUUCAUCCACAGGAAAAUGGUGUCAAAAAUAUGCCUCACUUGGUGCGAUGGGUGAUAGUUUUUACGAAUAUUUGUUAAAAAGUUGGUUAUUAUCGGGUAAAACCGAUGAACGAGCAAGAACAAUGUUUCAGAAUUCAAUGAAAGCAGCUGAAGAAUCAAUGUUACGUAAAACACCAACAACAAAUUUAUUAUAUUUUGGUGAACAACGAUCAGAACGUUUAGAUUUACAAAUGGGUCAUUUAACAUGUUUUGUUGGUGGUUUGUAUGGCUUAUCAUCGCAACAUAUUUCAAACAAUGAUUCAAAAUAUCAAAUGGAUAUAGCAAAAGGUAUAGCACAAACAUGUCGAGAAGCCUACAUUCGAUCAGACACACGACUUGGUCCAGAAACAUUUCAUUUUGAACGUCAAGAUGUUGAAGCAAAAUCAUUACGUGAUAAUGAAAAAUAUUAUAUUCUAAGACCAGAAGCGAUUGAAACAUGGUUUUAUCUAUGGCGUUUAACACAUGAACAAAUCUAUAGAGAUUGGGCAUGGGAUGCCAUCAUUAGUCUAGAAAAAUAUUGUCGCGUUGAUGGUGGUUAUACGGGCAUACAUAAUGUUUACACUAUUUCACCGAGUCAAGACGAUGUACAACAAAGUUUUUAUUUAGCUGAAACUUUAAAAUAUUUAUAUUUAAUUUAUAGCGAAGAUUCUGUUAUAUCUUUAAGUAAAUAUGUAUUUAAUACAGAAGCACAUCCGUUUAAACUCGAAACCCCCGUUGAAUUUGAAAGAGGAAUUUAG